UCGAACAGGAAGUGGGUUUGGGGAGCUGCACAGCUUCCUGCUCCCCAGCCCCCACCCCCACCCAAGGGCUGAGUGGGGCGAGAAGGGUGAGCACCAGGCCCAGCCACGAGACGACACUUCUCAUUAGGGCCCCGUCAGCUUCCUCCUCCACAGCCACUUCCGUGAGGCCAGGGGCCCGAGAGGCAAGAGGAGCUCGGCCCAGGCCCGGCCCCCCUGCCCAGGCCAGCCCCUGGAACAGCUGAAGAGGGACCUGUGGGGCAGGGGUGGCUGGAACGGGGGUCAGGGUCCCAUGGGGGAGGUGUAAGGUGAGCAUCUCGGGAGGGGAGUCGGGGAGCCCUCAGCUCCGGCCAUGAAGUCUCGGCAGAGGGGGAAGAAGAAGGGCGGAUCGAAGGAGCGGGUGUUUGGGUGUGACCUUCUGGAGCAUCUACAGCACUCGGGCCAGGAGGUACCCCAGGUUCUACGGAGCUGUGCAGAAUUUGUGGAGGAGCACGGAGUGGUGGAUGGGAUCUAUCGACUCUCAGGUGUCUCUUCCAACAUUCAGAAACUUCGGCAGGAGUUUGAGGCAGAGCGUCGGCCAGAUCUUCGGAAGGACAUCUACCUGCAGGACAUUCACUGUGUCUCCUCCCUCUGCAAAGCCUAUUUUCGAGAACUGCCAGACCCCCUGCUCACCUACCGGCUCUACGACAAGUUUGCAGAAGCUGUAGCUGUGCAGUUAGAGCCUCAGCGCCUGGUCAAGAUCCGAGACGUCCUAGGGGAGCUGCCUGGCCCACACUACAGGACCCUGGAAUACCUCAUGCGUCAUUUGGUGCAUAUGGCCUCAUUUAGUGCUCAGACCAACAUGCACGCAAGAAACUUGGCCAUUGUGUGGGCUCCCAAUCUGCUAAGGUCUAAGGACAUAGAAGCCUCUGGAUUCAAUGGGACAGCAGCCUUCAUGGAAGUGAGAGUACAGUCAAUUGUGGUGGAAUUCAUCCUCACACAUGUUGACCAGCUCUUUGGAGGUGCCACUCUCAUGGGUGGAGAGGCAGAGACUGGGUGGCGCAUGCUGCCAACAUCACGGGGAAUGGCCAGUCCUGAGGAUUCCUUUCCCCGACCCUUGACUUACCACCUUCCCAGUGUUCUGCAGGCUGGGGAUGGACCCCCACAGAUCCGGCCUUAUCACACUAUCAUCGAGAUUGGGGAUCACAAGAGGAAGGGGUCUCUGAAGGUCAGGAAGUGGAGGUCCAUCUUCAAUCUGGGUCGUUCUGGUCAUGAUACCAAGCGAAAGCCACCCAGGAUGGGUGAGGAUAGAGAGGAAAAAUCUGACAAAGUGUCACUGCGGUCAGCCAAGAGCAUGGAUUCAUUGAGUGCUGCAGCAGGAGCUAGUGAUGAGCCAGACGGGCUGGGAAAGCCAAAUAGUUCUCGACCAAGCCCCCUUGAGUUGGAGAGUCUCGAAGAUGUCUCUAUGGCAGCAGAUGGAGAGAGGGAAACAGAAGCGGAACCACAGAGUGGGACAAGCUCUGAGCCAGGCACCCCUAGAAUGGGUCGAGCAGGAGCUCGGGCAGCAGGUUGUAAUCGGGCAGAGCGCUGUGCUGGAGUCCAUAUCUCUGACCCCUACAACGUCAAUCUCCCCCUGCAUAUUACAUCUAUCCUCAAUGUACCCCCCAACAUAAUCUCUAAUAUGACAGUGGCACGACUUACUCGAGGACUUGAAUGCCCUGCCUUGCAAGCCCGACCCAUCUCUGGCCCUAGCCUUGCCUCUGGACCCCCAGAUGAGAAGAUGGAGACAAGCUCAGUCCCAGCGCCUCUGGUCCCCAACCUUGAAUCCCUUAAGCCAGGCCCCUCUUUGCCCCCAGCUCAUGAAGACUCCUUGACCCAAGAGGUGCAGGACUCUUUCUCCUUUUUGGAAGAUUCUGGAAGCAGCUCAGAACCAGAGUGUGCUGAUGGGGAAACUAGGGAGGCAGUCCUGGCAGAAGGAACCUGCUCCCCUGGAGAAGAUGACCCUAAUAUUUGUUAUCUGGAAGAGCUCCUGGGUGCUGGACCUCAGGUGGAAGAAUUCUCAGUGGAACCACCCCUGGAUGACUUGUCUUUGGAUGAUGCACUGUUUGUUCUGGCUCCUAGUUGUUGCUCCCCAGAUCCUGGGACGUCUGAGCAGGAAGAAGACUUGGGAGAGGAUGUUUUUCUCAGUGCCUAUGAUGAUCUAAGCCCCCUAUUGGUUCCUGGAUCCCAAGGAGAGGAGGAUCUAGAGAUUAGGGAAGAUCAAGUUGAUGAAAAUAAAAUAUUUUCAGAGGAUAGAGAGGAAAGGGUUUAUGAGGAAGUUGGAGAGAAUAAGAUGAAGGAAUCUGAGAUGGGCUUUGAAACUAAUAAAGAAGAUGAGAGCAGUCAGGAACCUGAGGACAGAGUAGAUACAGGAAAGGAAAGGGAGGCUAUAAAGAAUGAAAAGAAGAUUGAAGAAGUGAAGCCCAAAAGGCAAAAGGAAGCUGAAAGUGGGGAGGAAGUGAAGGUUGAGGAGGAGUUUAGGAGAGAGAGUGCUGGAGGAGAAAAGUCUGAGGGUGAGGAGAAACCUGGAGGUGUGGUAGAAGUUGAGCCUGAGGAAAUUAUAGGAGGAGAAGAGAUGACAAAGGGCCAAGAUGAGACUGGAGUGGAGACAAAAGUUGAGGAUGAGAAGAUAGGGGGAGAGCUGAAGGUUGAUGGAGAGAAUACUGAGGAACAAGAGCAAACAAGCAGGAAAGAGGAGGGUGGGGGAGAAGAGGACCAGAUAGAAGUUGGGAACCAUACAGUGUAUGGGGAAUCCAAAAACCAGAGCCAUCAGGGCACUGAGGGGGGCUGGGAAACUCUAGGUAACCAUAAAGUUGAUGAAAACAAAGAAAUUGAUACUGGGGAGGAAAUUGGGUGCAGGACCAAAGAAUCUGGAGAAAGCCAGGAGGAUAAGGAAGGAAGAGGAAGCAUUGAGUGGGAUGCUGAGGGCAUCAGUGGGGACAGGGAAUGUGGGGAUGGGGAGGCAGAAGAUCAGGAGACUGGAGUGGACAAUCACUCAGGGGAUAUAGACCCAGAAGCAGUGACUUUGAGGCUUAGUUCUACCAAGGAUCAUGAUGCCAAUUCUCCCGGGGUAGUAGUCCCACAAUUCCCCAGGCCAGAAGACAGGGAACCUGAAGGGCAGACAACUCUUGAGAACUGGGUCCUGUACCCUUGUACCCCAUCUGCUCCUGUGCUGCUCCCUGGGCCAGCAAGUGGUGUGGGUAUGCGCCUGGCCUCUACGUUGGUCCAAGUUCAACAAGUCAAAUCUGUACCUGUGGUACCCCCCAAACCACAGUUUGCCAAGAUGCCUAGCACAAUGAGUAGCAAGAUCCAUGUAGCACCAGCAACUCCAUGCCCACGGCCUGGCAGGCUUGAUGGAACACCUGGAGAGGGAACCCAAGGGACCCGUGCCUCCCGUUCCUCUUGGAGGAAUGGAGGUAGCCUUUCUUUUGAUGCUGCUGUUGCAUUAGCACGAGAGAGGCAGAGGACAGAGGCUCAAGUUGUCAGGAGGACCCAGACCUGUAUUGGGGGUGGGGAUGGAAGCCUCCUCCCCAGAACCUCUUCUUCCAUCCUUCCUCCAGCCUGUUCUGCUCGACCUCUCAGUUGCCUGGAGUCCCCACUCCCAGGUCAGGAAGGGGCAGGACCCCGAAGCAGACAUAGUCUGCCACCUGGACAAUCCCAGGCUCCUAACACUGUCAUUUCCCCACAACGCAGAACCUAUGCAUUUGAAGCACAUGCUGACCUUGGGGAGGGGGAAGGGCUUUGAGAAGGAAUAGAGGAUUUGGAGUCAACAGACUCCCAUCUUCUGUCCUGCUGUCUCCCUAGCAGACCUCUAAUUAAUGGAGAGAUACCAACUUCUCGGGAUCUUCUGUUUUCGGACUGUGGAAAGCCAGAACCUUGGAUCAUCUGAAACUUAGUUCAGAAGAGAAGUUUCUAGCUUUUGGGAUACUUAUAGCAUCAGAGUCUUGUCCCAGGGUACAAUCCAUUAGCAUAGGCAAGCAAAGUAAGGAGACAGACAGACAGAUGGGCAGACAGAACACUGAUAGUUUUAAUUGAAAAAAAAUUGUAUGAAAAUUGAACCCAAAUGCCCAAGCUCCUUUAAAGUGGGAUAUCUGUCUUCUUAGAACCCAUCAUAUCCCACCAUACACUAGGAAGUUUUUAUGAGCUGUCCAUCUCCAUUCUGUUGCCUGAAAUUUGAGACUUAGUUUGGGAUGUUAAUGUUCAAGAAGCACAUUGAAGAAUCAGCAUCAAGUGGUCCUGUUCCUCUUCCACAAAGGAGGUUGUCAUAGUUCCUUAACCCAUCCCUAUCCCUAACUUCUAGGGACUUGGGAGAAUCUGUUGACCUCUCAGAUCUCCAGACUUUGGAAAGACUCCUUUCUUUAGAGACCCAGCCCUAUUAUAGGAGAGGAAACAAUGGACAUACCCUAACCACAGGCCUAUUGUUUCCUAACAUAGAGAAAAUGCCAUAUGACCCAUUUUGGAGUUGUAGUUGCAGGGAGUAAUUUGAAAUAAAAGGUGUAUUUUUUCAUGUA